CAGGGAAAAAAAAAAAAAAAAGUUGUUGCCCCAUAUACAAUACCCAUCAACUUCUUUCUUAAACUAUUGUAUAAGAUCUUCUUUCAAUUUAUCUUCAAGUAAACUUACAAUGUCAUUCAAAUUAGAAUACAACCCGGAUACAUUUUCCAAAUCUCAAUACUUCAUUGCUGGUAUAACCACAUAUGUUUAUAAUGGUUCAGUUCUCGAAGACUAUGUCAAGAAAUUCAAUACUGAACAUCAUAAGGAAAUUCCUAUUAAUGUGUUAUAUUUAAUUCAUCAAAGAGAAGGUUCUUAUAAAUCUACGGAAUCGUUUGCUUAUAAUAUCCUUAAACAAUUCUAUGAAAAGAAACAAGGUGAUGUUAAAGUUCCAUUAAUUUGUGUUACAUUUGAUAAUAGAAAUCAUGGUGAAAAAUUAAUUGAUAAACUUAAAAAUUUAGAUUGGAAAAGAGGUAAUGAAACUCAUGCUAUUGAUAUGGUGUCAGGAAUUGAUGGGAAUGUGGCUGAUUUGAAAUUAUUAAUCGAUUAUUUACCAGGUUAUUUAAAUUUAGAUUAUUAUUUAUCUGAUAAAGUUAAACAAGAAGUUCAACCUGAAUUUAAAUUUAAAAAUUCAAUUAGUGGAUAUUCAUUGGGUGGUCAUACUGUGAUUAGAUUUGCUAGUAAAUAUCCUGAUUUAGUAGAAAUAUUGAAUCCAGUAGUAGGAUGUUCUGAUUUAAGUUCACUUUUAAUUAAUCGAUUAAAGAGUAAUAGAAUUGAAUCAGAAGCUUAUGAUAAAAAAUAUUUUUAUUUUAAUUAUCCUGAAUUAGAUUUAACUGAAGACCAAAAGAAACAUCAAUACCCUGAAUAUUUUCAUAAUUAUUUAAGUAAACAAGAUCAAGCUAUAUUUGAAAAUUUUGCUAUGCAUAAAAUUAAAUUAUUUGCAAGUUUUGGAGCUAAAGAUACUUUAGUACCACCUAAAUUAACUACAGUAUGGACUGAAUUAUAUGAGAAUACUAAUAAUGAUUCACAAGUAUUUAUUCAAGAAGAUGCAGGUCAUGAAGCAACUCCUGAAAUGUUUGAUAAAUUCACCACAUGGUUAGUUAAACACAUCUAAUUACCCAUAUAUAUUAUAUUUUAUAGCCUUUUUAAAAAUAGAUUUACAUGAAAUUUACCAUACAUAAAAUACAUUAUAAUUAUUAUAAUUAUUAUUAUUUACCAAAAUUAGACUUAAUAGCGAUGAACUGUGAUGAAGGUGAUGGAGUGGUAUUUGCUAUAAUGAAGAACAUGUGGAGAACAAUUAUGUCAGUUUGGAGGUAUGGAUGUAAUCUCAAUCUCAAAAAAAAAUAAACGGCUCCUUUUGUUAUUCUUUUUUUAUUUUAUAGUCAAAUUUAGAAA